GCGAGCGCCUUUUCAACGCGCUCGAAGGAGGCGUCGAGCUUUUUGUCCAUUGUGAUGUUUUUUUGAUGGCAGAGAUUCGCGAAGAAAGUAGCGAUCCGAGGUGCUGGGUCGAAGUCGUGGUAUGGAAAGCAGAUUGCAAGAAACAGCCACGUCCGGAGAUUUUAUUUUGGUCUGCAAAUGUCACCGAAUUCACUUGACCCUUGCGCUGGAGCUUGGUGGGUUGUGUAAGAGCGGCUUACAGCGGGGAUCUUCAAGGGGACAGGUACCCGCACGUGAAAGCUUGGCGCGCUCUGGGCUGAGUUCGUGCCUCAGGCCAACAAGCCGGACCCGGCUGUAUCCGGCAAAGAAUCUCGCGCAACACCACCAAAUCCAACAGCCGAUUCGACCUUGUUUCGACAGCCAUUGAAGCACCACCUCGUUCCUUUUUUGCUGCGGUAGUCAAGAUGCCUUUUCCUACUCCUGUUCGCCGUGCGGCCUACCCUGAGUACAAGAGCCCCUAUGGCCCUAAGUACCAAUUCCAGCCCCAUGUUGGCACCAUCACCGCCAAGACUGUGACCAACCUUGGUGUCAAGGCCGGCCUUUUCGGCGGCGUUGCCCUGUUCACUGUCAUUUUCUUCACCUCCGGCGUUCCCAAGGUCUACAACGAUGUUCUCGGCAACAUCCCUGUCGUUGGUGCUUCUCUCCAAAACUUCUUCACCAAGAAGGUCCACCCCGCCGACAACCCGUUCUAAAUCAAUUUUUGGAAUCGUAUGACGGGCUGUGGUUUUGGCGCUGGGUGUAGCGGGUUUAAUGGGCAUUUUGACGCCGCCUCCUGUGAUUUCGAGGCUUGUAAAAAUGAAAAAAUUCUAUAGACAUCAUUCAUCAAAAAUUCCCAGGCUCAAAUAUCCAUCUCUAC